AUGGGGCGAGGUCCACCCAACUCCGACGAAGAAUGCGGCCACCUGAAGGGCCUUCAUGAGGCUGGCCGCAGCGUUCGUGGUAUCGCCAAGAGUCUGAAGCGCUCCCGAAUGGCGUCAGCUACGCCCUCCAGUGCUCUGGGAGCGGGAGAAGAAAGGGGGGGCGUCCAUCCACCCUCUCCGACCGAAAAGUUCGUCACGUCGUUCGAGCGGCCGCCUCGGGAGAUUUCUCUGCAGCUGAGCUGA